AUGCCAACAAUCCCGCUCCACCCACGCGUCUCUUCUCCCACCUCCCUCCCCAAUCCCCUCCCCCAAGUCCUUCAGACGCCAACAGGACUUGCAAUCCUCGAACUCCAAGGCACGAUUAACCUCCCAUCGCAAGAAGCUGAAGACGAAUCUACGACCUCCACCAACGACACCCAUGAUCCCUCAAUCCCCACUUUCGAGACCCCAGUUGGCAAGCUCAUGUUCCCCGAUUAUUCGCCACACAGGACUGCGCCUGAUGACACCAAAUGGAUGAAGAGGGUUUAUCUAUAUGUUGGUCGAUACCAGCGCAUGACGGGUGAGGUGAAGAAACUGGCGCAGCCGCUCGCUUUGGUGCAGCGGCGGCAAAAAGAGAUGACCUCUGACUCCGAUGGCGAGGAACUGGAGAUCGUCGAGAUCAUCAAGUAUAAACUGUUCUUUAAGAAUCGGCCUGAGCCUGUCAAUGAUAUUUGA